AUGGCGGCCGCGGCCUCCACCUCCCGGCAGGCAGCCACCGCCCGCGCGCGGCCGCCGCCGCCUCGCACGGAGCCGGAAACCCUCCUCCUGCCCCCCGCCCGCGGCUCGCAGCCUCUCCUCACCGGGGGCCGCCCGCCGCCGCCACAGCAAUCGUACCAGUUCAUGCAGUUUCUCCUGUCUCCCCAGGGAGUGAAUCCUCAGCUCCGGAUUAACAGGCCGAUAAACAUCAACCACUACGCGACGAAGAAGAGCGUGGCGGAGAGCAUGCUGGAUGUGGCACUGUUCAUGGCGAAUGUCACACAGCUCAAAGCGGUGCUGGAGCAGGGAGCUUCCUUCCAGUACUACACCACCCUCAUUGUGCUCAUCAGCAUCUCCCUCUUCUUCCAGGUGAUGAUCGGGAUUCUCCUCAUCAUCACUGCUCGUUUGAACCUGAAUGAUGUUGCAAAACAACCCCGCCUAAAUAUACUCAACAACACCGCCACAGGUCUCAUCUUCAUCACAGUCAUCCUCAACAUCUUCAUCACAGCCUUUGGGGUGCAGAAGACUGGCCUCUACCCUACCAGGAAUUUUCGACCUUAUUAAGUCAUGGGGCAAUGGAGUCAGGAUCUGAGCAGCGUGGCUGGCGGAGAAAGUUCUCCUCCUCUACGUUUUCACUGAUCUCAGCAGAAGCCCAUCGAUGAAUCCAGAGAACUGGAUUAAACUUUCAAA